AUGCAAGCUCCGAAUGAGAUUACAAGGGUCUAUUUCGACUCUGUCGGCCACACCGAUAUUCCAAUUUAUUUGUUCAAGAGUGUUGAGAAGAAUAUGCAAAUCGGAGGACCGGCCGUUAUCGUUGACGAAACUCAAACUAUUGUGGUGGCUCCAAAUGCAGAAGCCACUGUCCUUGAAACCUGUAUUAUUCCUGACUUGAAGGGGAAGGAGAAUCGCGCAAGCCGGGAACCACAUCAGCCCCAAAGAAAACAGACGAAAUUCCCCAUCGAUGCAGUCCGACUAUCCAUUUUCAGCCACAGAUUCAUGUCGAUUGUCGAACAAAUGGACUGCACAGUACAAGAGACGUCGGUCUCGACAAGCGCCUUGACUUCUCCCGCACAUUAG